CCGCGCCCCUUCCUUCCUUGCUGAGCAAGAUGGCGGUUAGCAAGGUUGGAGUGAUUCUGCGGCAGCCGCAUCUUUCUCGCCAGGAUCUUGCCACCUUGGAUGUUACCAAGCUGACUCCACUUUCCCAUGAAGUUAUCAGCAGACAAGCCACAAUUAACAUAGGUACGAUUGGUCAUGUAGCUCAUGGGAAAUCCACAGUUGUAAAAGCUAUUUCUGGAGUUCAUACUGUCAGGUUCAAAAAUGAACUUGAAAGAAAUAUUACAAUCAAGCUUGGGUAUGCUAAUGCCAAGAUUUAUAAACUUGAUGACCCAAGCUGUACUCGGCCAGAUUGUUACAGAGCCUGUGGGAGUAGUACACCUGACGAGAUUCCCACAGACAUUCCUGGGACCAAAGGGAACUUCAAAUUAGUCAGACAUGUUUCCUUUGUUGACUGUCCUGGCCAUGAUAUUUUGAUGGCUACUAUGCUGAAUGGUGCAGCCGUGAUGGAUGCAGCUCUGCUGUUGAUUGCUGGUAAUGAGUCUUGUCCUCAGCCUCAGACUUCUGAACACCUGGCUGCUAUAGAAAUCAUGAAACUUAAGCAUAUUUUGAUUCUGCAAAAUAAAAUAGACUUGGUAAAAGAAAGUCAGGCUAAAGAACAGUAUGAACAGAUCCUGGCAUUUGUACAAGGUACAGUAGCAGAAGGGGCUCCUAUCAUUCCAAUUUCUGCUCAACUAAAAUACAACAUUGAAGUUGUCUGUGAAUACAUGGUGAAGAAAAUUCCAGUACCCCUAAGGGACUUUACUUCAGAGCCCCGACUUACUGUUAUCCGGUCCUUUGAUGUCAAUAAACCUGGCUGUGAAGUUGAUGACCUUAACGGUGGUGUAGCUGGUGGCAGUGUUCUGAAAGGAGUUUUAAAGUUGGGCCAGGAGAUUGAAGUCAGACCUGGCAUUGUUUCCAAAGACAGUGAAGGAAAACUCGUGUGUAAACCGAUCUUUUCCAAAAUUGUGUCCCUUUUCGCUGAGCAUAAUGAUCUCCAGUAUGCUGCUCCAGGAGGUCUUAUUGGAGUUGGCACUAAAAUUGACCCCACUUUGUGCCGGGCUGACAGAAUGGUAGGGCAGGUACUUGGUGCAGUUGGAGCUUUACCUGAGAUCUUCACCGAGUUGGAAAUCUCUUAUUUCCUACUUAGACGCCUUCUAGGUGUACGCACUGAAGGAGACAAGAAAGCAGCAAAGGUACAAAAGCUGUCUAAGAAUGAAGUGCUCAUGGUGAACGCAGGAUCCCUGUCGACGGGAGGAAGAGUCAGUGCAGUCAAGGCCGAUUUGGGCAAAAUUGUACUGACUAACCCUGUGUGCACAGAAGUUGGAGAGAAAAUUGCCCUUAGCCGAAGAAUUGAAAAACAUUGGCGUUUAAUUGGUUGGGGCCAAAUAAGAAGAGGAGUGACAGUGAAGCCAACAGUAGAUGAUGCCUGAAGAAUUCCAGUUAAAUAAUACAUUUGGAUGAAAGAAAAAGAAGAAUAAAAUGGAAAUGACUGCAUGCAAUAUUAACACCAAUUGCAUAGCUAUAUUAAAACUGUGGUACUGGCAAAAUUUAAUAAAGAGUUUAAUUCCA